AUGGCUUUAAGGAGAUGGGUCUGUGUUUUCUCUCUGAUCACCCUGUUAGUGGAAGUAAUAUGUGACUGCUUUAACAUCUUUGCAGUAUGUGGCACCGUCCCACUCAAAACCAGGAUAGUUGGAGGUGAGGAUGCCCCAGCAGGAAGUUGGCCUUGGCAGGCAAGUCUGCAGAUGUUUGGCAGACAUGUUUGUGGAGGUUCCCUUAUAAACAGGGAGUGGGUGAUGUCCGCCGCCCACUGUUUCCUCAGGUGGGUGAUAGAGAGUAAUUGGAAGAUUUUCCUUGGUCGCCAAAACCAGGAGGGAAAAAACCCUAAUGAGGUGUUCCGGAGAGUGACACAGAUUAUUCUCCAUCCAAACUACGACAGUGAUACCAGUGAUAAUGACAUAGCUCUGCUCAGACUGUCCUCACCUAUCAGAUUCACUGACUACAUCCGACCUGUCUGUCUGGCAGCCAGUGACAGUGUGUUCAACAAUGGUACAGGUAGCUGGGUCACUGGCUGGGGAACAGUCAAUGAAGGAGUGUCCCUCCCUCCUCCUCAAGCCCUACAGGAAGUGGAGGUUCCAGUGGUUGGGAAUAGACAGUGUAACUGUCUCAAUGGAGUCGGUACAAUCACAGACAAUAUGAUCUGUGCUGGUGUUCUGGCAGGAGGCAAAGACUCUUGUCAGGGAGACUCUGGAGGUCCAAUGGUGAGUCAGCAGGAUUCUGUGUGGAUCCAGUCUGGGAUUGUCAGUUUUGGUUUUGGCUGUGCUCGGCCCAAUCUGCCUGGAGUCUAUUCCAGAGUGUCUCGAUACCAGUCCUGGAUCAACUCCCACAUCAAGACUGACAAGCCAGGCUUUGUCCACUUUGCCUCCAAUGGUCCAGAUGCCGACAGCAGCACCACCUGUCCUGGUCUACCAGAUCCUUUUACUGCAACACCAGCUACUGCAACUACUAAAACUACAACAGCCCCCUCCAACCCUUUGAGUGCAAAAUUGUGUGGUCUCACUCCACUCGACAACAGGAUAGUUGGAGGUGAAGAUGCUCCAGCAGGAAGUUGGCCCUGGCAGACAAGUCUACAGUGGUUUGGCAGCCAUGUUUGUGGAGGUUCCCUCAUCAACAGGGAGUGGGUGAUCUCUGCUGCACACUGCUUCUUCAGCUCCAAUCCCUCAAACUGGAAAAUUUCGUUGGGUCGCCAGAACCUACAAGGCAGCAACCCAAAUCAACUGUCCAGAAGUGUUUCCAGGAUCAUUCUCCAUCCAAACUACAACAGUGAUACCAAUGAUAAUGACAUAGCUCUACUCAGACUGUCCUCCCCAGUCAAAUUCACUGACUACAUCCGACCUGUGUGUCUGGCAGCCAGUGACAGUGUGUUCAACAAUGGUACAGAUAGCUGGGUCACUGGCUGGGGGGGAAUCAAUGAAGAAAUAUCCUUACCCUUCCCACAAACCUUACAAGAGGUCGAAGUUCCAGUUGUUGGAAACAGACGGUGUAACUGUCUCAAUGGAAUCGGUGCAAUCACAGACAAUAUGAUCUGUGCUGGUGUUCUGGCAGGAGGCAAGGACGCGUGUCAGGGAGACUCUGGAGGUCCAAUGGUGAGUCAGCAGGAUUCUGUGUGGAUCCAGUCUGGGAUUGUCAGUUUUGGUUUUGGCUGUGCUCGGCCCAAUCUGCCUGGAGUCUAUUCCAGAGUGUCUCGAUACCAGUCCUGGAUCAACUCCCACAUCAAGACUGACAAGCCAGGCUUUGUCCACUUUGCCUCCAAUGGUCCAGAUGCCGACAGCAGCACCACCUGUCCUGGUCUACCAGAUCCUUUUACUUCAACACCAGCUACUGCAACUACUAAAACUACAACAGCCCCCUCCAACCCUUCGAAAACAUUUUGUUUUCCAGUGUGUGGUCUCACUCCACUCGACAACAGGAUAGUUGGAGGUGAAGAUGCUCCAGCAGGAAGUUGGCCCUGGCAGACAAGUCUACAGUGGUUUGGCAGCCAUGUUUGUGGAGGUUCCCUCAUCAACAGGGAGUGGGUGAUCUCUGCUGCACACUGCUUCUUCAGCUCCAAUCCCUCAAACUGGAAAAUUUCGUUGGGUCGCCAGAACCUACAAGGCAGCAACCCAAAUCAACUGUCCAGAGGUGUUUCCAGGAUCAUUCUCCAUCCAAACUACAACAGUGAUACCAAUGAUAAUGACAUAGCUCUACUCAGACUGUCCUCCCCAGUCAAAUUCACUGACUACAUCCGACCUGUGUGUCUGGCAGCCAGUGACAGUGUGUUCAACAAUGGUACAGAUAGCUGGGUCACUGGCUGGGGGGGAAUCAAUGAAGAAAUAUCCUUACCCUUCCCACAAACCUUACAAGAGGUCGAAGUUCCAGUUGUUGGAAACAGACGGUGUAACUGUCUCAAUGGAAUCGGUGCAAUCACAGACAAUAUGAUCUGUGCUGGUGUUCUGGCAGGAGGCAAGGACGCGUGUCAGGGAGACUCUGGAGGUCCAAUGGUGAGUCAGCAGGAUUCUGUGUGGAUCCAGUCUGGGAUUGUCAGUUUUGGUUUUGGCUGUGCUCGGCCCAAUCUGCCUGGAGUCUAUUCCAGAGUGUCUCGAUACCAGUCCUGGAUCAACUCCCACAUCAAGACUGACAAGCCAGGCUUUGUCCACUUUGCCUCCAAUGGUCCAGAUGCCGACAGCAGCACCACCUGUCCUGGUCUACCAGCACCUUCAACAAUUAAACCAACAAUAACAAGUUCAUGUGCUAAUACUAUAAGCAGUCCAGUGCGAUCAGUUUGCGGUCGUGCCCCAUUGAAUCACCGAGUAAUGGAGCCCAGUGGUGUUGUGACUGGAGGAUCUUGGCCCUGGAUUGUUAGUCUUCAGAGAAAGGGACUCCAUGUUUGUGGAGGAACCCUUAUCACUGAGGACUUCAUCCUCACUGCUGCUCAUUGCAUCUCAAACACCAGACUGAAUGUCAGUGAGUGGAGUGUUUUCCUGGGCCCACAUCUUGUAAACAGCAUUCAGGAGUUUCAGACGUCUCUGGAUGUAUUGAAUAUUACAUUGAGCAACAUGACAGGUCCCAACAUCGCAUUAAUACAGCUGCUCAAUCCAGUCAGUUAUAAUGACUAUAUUCAGCCAGUGUGUUUGGAUCUGACCAAUGCCAGGACCUUCCCCGUUGGAAGACAGUGCUGGGUAGCAGGCUGGGGGAAUGGCAACUCGACCAGAGGCAAUAGAAAAGCUGGCACAAUUCUACAACACAUUGACACUAAUGUAACGAGCUGUGGGAACGCUUCGGAUUCAGAGAUUAUCUGUACUUAUGCCAUGGACAUUCAGCAGGUGGAUCAGGGGGGGGCCCUGCUUUGCCAGUCAGAUUCCUCCUGGUUCCAGGCAGCUGUAGUUAUUAUGGAUGAAACCAGCAUAAGGGCACACACAGAUAUACAGACCUUUACUAAAGUAUCAAGGUUUGGAACCUUCUUAAAGGAAACAGUAGGUGACAUGCCAUCCCCAGCGACACCGGCAACAGGAAAUGCAUCACUGCUCUCAGUUUCCCUUUUCCUAUCCCUUAGCGUCUCCCUCCUCUCCCUGCUCUUACUGACAGGCUGCUAGUCUGUUGAAGACAGUUAAACUUGAUCAAUGCACUUAAAUUGAGUCAAGUCACAGAUGGAGGGUACAUACUUUUUGAUCUGUGAAUAAAGAUGGUUGAACUUGCCCCAACUUCAGAAUACCAACAUCAAGUUAGUCUGCCUAUCCUGCCACCUAAGUGUACUUCACAUGGUAUCAAAGAGUAAUGGCCACUGAAAUUUGUUUACAUUUUUUUUCUUUUGGAUUUCUUCCCCUUUUUCUCCGCAAUUGUAUCCGGCCAAUUACCCCACUCUUCUGAGCCAUCCUGGUCAUUGCUCCAGCCCCCUCUGCCGAUCCGGGGAGGGCUGCAGACUACCACAUGCCUCCCCCGAUACAUGUGGAGUCACCAGCCGCUUCUUUCCACCUGAAAGUGAAAAGUUUCACCAGGGAUACAUAGCGCAUGGGAGGAUCACGCUAUUCCAGUUCCCCCUUCCCCCUGCACAGGCGUCCUGACCGACCAGAGGCAGUGCUAGUGCAGCGACCAGGACACAUACCCACAUUCGGCUUCCCACCCGCAGACACAGCCCUGUAGGGACGCCCGACCAAGCCGGAGGUAACACGGGGAUUCAAACCGCGAUCCCUCUGUUGGUAGACAACAGAAUAGACCAGUACGCUACCAAUUUUGUUUACAUUUGAGGGAAAAAAAAUUUAGAACCUCAGGUAUUGUAUAUUGAAACUUUUUUCAUUGUAAAAUUAUUGUAUGGUUGAAUGGCUUUUUAUGUUAGAAAAUGUGGAUAUUUUCAACAUCUUGACUUCUCCCUUGUCUGUUUUUCUAAGUUGCCCUGAAUGUUAUGAAAGACAUUUCAGGUUUCCUUUUCUCAAUUUGCCAAAGUUUAUGAAGCAUCACUUGUUACAUAUGAAAAUAAAUAUUCAUGAAAAAGCAUAGAGUCAACUCAUAAGUGUCUUACAUUUCAAACAAUGUGGAAGCUAUAAGUUUCAGAGAAAACACAAUAAAAUCUAAAGCAGUCAAAGAAAAAUCUGAGAACUUAAGAAACAUCAAUGACUUUCUUCUAUAGGAAAACCUUUUCUCAUCCUAACCAGGAGAUCACACAAGGAAACGUCAAAAGACCGAAGAAACUCAUGGUCUGUAAAAGUGUUUAAACGAAACAGAAGUAGGUGAUUCAGCAGGACAUUGGAUUGAGAAUACUAAACAGAAAUUUUUUAGUGAAAGUGACCACAGCUUACCCAGAUUUCCUAGUCCCAUCCAGUCUCAGUUUCCUUUCUAAUAUUUAUCCAAUAUAAGUUCGUUUUUAACAGAAGACCAUGACGUUACACUACAUGUUAAAAAAAAAACA